CUCUAUGGAAUACCUAUGGGCUGUUUUCACUUUAUUCAAUUUCAAGUUCAAAUAAUUAAGGUUUUUUAAUGCUGUGCUCCAAGUGCUACAACUGGACAACUUAGGAUUCUUAUAGAUAAGGAGCAAUUAUUUUAAAUAUCAGUCCAUUGUAAUUGGGCUGUCUCCCUUGAAUAUUGGUAAACUGUGACACCUGCCUUCUCAUCACAAAUAUUUUCCUGAGCUGAAAGCCAAGUUUGAAUGAUGCACUUCUGUGAUUUUUCAACCAUGCACAUUUCAUCUAUAUUUCUUUUUUGGCUGCCGCUGCUGCUGCGGGCCGGCUCGGCGGCGGCCCUGGAGGUGUCGGCGGCCGUGGAGCCGGCGCGCGAGCUGGCGCCAGAGCCCAGUCCGCCGAGCAGUGUGAUCGACAGCGCCAUCAGCCGGCUGGAGCUCAGUCUGGAGGAGCUGCAGCACCUGAAGCGCGGCCUGGCCGGCGCGGGCCCAGCGCCACCGCCGCCUCCGCCGGUGGGCCGGAGCACGUGCAGCACCGCGGGCGGCGGCCGGCCGGCGGGCGACCGACAGGCUGAGCUCUGA